UUUUCUACUUAGUUAGAUAUAAACAUUCGUAAGGAGUACAUGUGCACAGCGGAUUAACAUUAAUUAUAAUUUUUUAUUGUUGUUUGUUUAAUUAACAACAAUAAUACGUGCAGUGCGUAGAGUGCGCGAAACCCGAGUGUGUCGAUUUGCGAACCGCAAGAAUUGGUUGAACUCUCGCGCGCGCGGACUAAGCUUGAUCAGAGCCAUCACAAGCGAACAGGUCUCGUGUCUCGAGUCUGUUGAUCCGGCUUAAACACGUCACACACCCCACGAGGAACAGCUGAUUAAUCCUCCGCCGCGCGGUCCAUCGGCUCAACCACCCAACCAUGCUCAACAUCGAUCAUCGACAUCGUCAUCAGCAGUAGUGUGUUUGCUAUAGAUAAAACAUUGGAUAAAACAGUUGAAAAGUGCAAGUGUCAUAAGGUGUGUUUGGAUGGUUGUUAUCGAAACGAUUACUGUGACCUAGUGACCAUAUUAGUGUAUGGAAUUCGUUCCACGGGUUCCACUAACAGCUAACCAAGUCAUCUUUGUUGACAAGUUAAAAUAAGUGAAUUAUUAAGGUAUAAGAACGAGUUAUACAUAGUUGAAUUGGUUUUACCUGCGAAAAUAAAUAGUGUGAAAACAAAGGUCGGUGUUGUAAAGUGACCAGUGUUACCAGAGUAGCUGGGCUAUUGCUUUUGGUAACAACGUACGUGCGAAUAUUGUGAAAAUUUGGCCCUUUGGCGAUCCGUAUUCUGCAGACAGGAGUCCCGGAAACCCCUCAUCGGCAUAUCCGCCUGGAAUCAUCGGGCCUGCGGAACUUCAACAGCAGCAGCAGCAAAAAAUUAGCACCGUGGCGCUGCAUUCGACCGAAGCCCUAAUGGCGGGCUUUCUCAAGUCGACCGACCUGGGGCCGCAUGGUCCACACGGAUACGGCGGUUCGCACCACCCGCACCAUGGCCAUCCGCACGGACCGCUGCCGCCCGGAAUGCCUAUGACAUCGCUUGCCCCGUUUGGUUUACCACACGGGCUCGAUGCCGUAGGGUUCCCGCAAGGUAUGUGGGGAGUCAACCCACGGAAACAACGACGGGAGCGCACCACCUUCACCCGGGCCCAACUGGACGUCCUUGAGUCGCUGUUCGGCAAGACUCGCUACCCGGAUAUUUUCAUGCGCGAGGAGGUUGCUCUGAAGAUCAACUUACCAGAAUCCCGAGUACAGGUCUGGUUCAAAAACCGACGCGCCAAAUGUCGCCAGCAGCUUCAGCAUCAGACUUCCUCCAACCUCAACGGUAGUAAAUCGUCCAGCGGAGCGUCCAGUUCGUCCACUAGGCAAACCGGUUCGUCAUCUUCCUCGUCCUCGAAUACCAACAACAACGCCACAGCCACCGGUGCCGCUAGUAAUAAGAGCUCAUCGAUAGCUAACGCCAACAACAAACCAACGAUUAAGCAUACUCCGAUGAACAACCAACACAGUAGCGGCCCGAGCGGAGCGCACGGCGCGGGCGGGGCGAACGGAAGCAAUACUGGUGGAAGCAGCAAUAAUAACAGUACCCACAAUGGUGCCGCCAGUUUAGGACUCUCCCACAGUAACGCAUCGCCCAUUCUGCCGAUCACGCCGUCGACCUCGGUAAGUCCCCCGAUUAAUGUGAUCUGCAAAAAGGAGCAGCCGUCUUUCCAUCAUUCCGCCGGUAAUGAUGCGAUGAAAGUCUCCUCGGGCUACGAUCUACUGAAGGAUCCCGAGCUGAGUCUAUCGCAUCACUCGCCCUACGUGAACAUCAACUCGCGGUUAGGUCAGUCGCUAGGUAGCGGUGGCGGCGGCGGCGUCGGCAACGGAGUAGUCAACGGACCUUCCGCUGGCAACUUGACGCCACUUGGGUCGAACUCUUCGAUCAUGACCACACCCUCACCUCCGAUCACCCCCCAAACCUCACACAACCCGCUGUCGUAUGUGCCAAACCACGAAACCUACAACUUCUGGCACAAUCAGUACCAGCAAUACCCGAACAACUACAACACACCGUCAUACUACAGCCAGAUGGAUUACUUCCAGAACCAGAACCAGGGUAACUACAAUAUGGGUCACACAGGCUACACAACGUCCGCCAAUUUUGGCCUCGCCUCAACUUCUGCCCUCACCGGCCCGAUGGGGGGUCAAACCUUCAGCCCCAACAGUCUGGACUAUAUGAACCCACAGGACAAGUAUGUAAAUAUGGUGUAAGACAAGUGAGAUGCCAGUCAUUGCUCAUAUCAUAACACACGACAACGAUCAGCGUUGGGGAGAACGGUCGGUUCCUUUUGUGAUCUAUUUCGUUGUAAAAUCUACACCGUGACUCAGCUGAUGAGAUUUUACCAAUGCUUACCAUUUAUUUCCCUACCGUCUCCCCAUCGCGUUGCAGCCAUUCCGUCACCAUAUCACCCUGAGCCCAUCUUCUGGGCUCUGUCGUUCUGUCGUUUUAUUGUUUGAUGUUUCUGUUUUAACUUUUCGACGAAAAACCCCUCUAAUUUAUUCUUUAGAUUGCCAUAAGGAGAAAGAAGAAACGAUAGGCCGCCGUUUCAGAAUUUAAGCAUAUGUAUAAAGUCAAAAUAACAAAUCAAUCAAAAUUGAGGAAGAAUUGAUAUCAAAUCAUUCAUAUCAGUAUUUUUGAUAGGAUCAAAAUUUGUGUAAAGCGAACUUCAUGCAUCGUGAUCCACCAACGCCAAACGUGUAACAAGAGAAAAAAACGAAACAAAAAAAAACUCUAGAAAGGUGUAAAUCAUUGUAUGUGAGUAAAAAAGGUGUGAUCGAAAGGCUCGAAAUGUGUCGAACACCAGAUGGAUCAUUGAACAAAAAAAAAUAUUAAAAACUCACACGUGUAAAAUAGGGAUAGUUAUGUCAAAUGAAUGCAGAGAAUCUGUGCAAUUUACCUUCGGAAAAAAAAACGAACGAACGGAGAUUAGGCGAGAUGUGGAAUUCGUGCUGAGUUUUCUGCAUUUGUUUCCCUCCCUCCUUGCGUCUAGCCGAAAUACUUAAGCUAGACUUGAAUCGUUUUUUUUAAUGUUUAAAACCGGAAAAAGUUAUCUUUUCCAGAGCUGUAUUCUUUCGAGUGAAGAAAAAUCCUUUUAACUCAAUACGAAUGAGGUGAAGCAAAGAGUAGCGAACGCGAUAGAUUAGGUAUACAUAAGAUAAAAUUAUUAAAUGAAUUACAAGACAGUUUAAAAGCUAUAUAGUUGUACGUGGAUCGCUGAUCCCAGAGAUAAUGUAAGGCAAAUGCGUCCUCCCGGCCCAUGGGGAGGGCGCCGACAACAGCUUAGGUACGAAACAGUCGCAAAACCCUAUGGAAAUCGUAUGAAAUUAAAGAGCAAAAACGUGGGAACUCCCAAUUGUAAAUAGUAAAACGAUUUAUUAUAUAAUUACAUUAUCUCAAAAAAUAAAAAAAUAUAUAUGAAACUAUA